AUGGAUGUUAUAAAUUCUACAGUAGUAUGCACACAUCCUUCUAAUAAUUAUCACGAGAGUGUGUGGAGGUUAGGAAACCCACUUGCUUCCCCCACUCCUCUUCUCUUUCUGCAGGUUUCACUUAUUACUGUAGUCACACAACUCAUGGAUGCUUGUCUCAAACCAUUAGGACAAACCUCCCUUGUAUCUCAAAUUCUCGGAGGAUUGGUAUUUGGUCCAUCAAUGUUGGGGCACAAAGAGAUGGUGACACGCAUCUUAUUCCCUAUGAAAGGUUCUCUAAUACUUGACACAGUAGCAAGUUUCUUCCUCAAUUUCUUCUACUUCAUAUGUUGUGUAAAGAUAGAUACUGGAACAAUGCUGAAAACAGAAAAACAAGCCAUGACAAUUGGUAUUUCUGUAUUCGCAUUUGCAUUUGUAAUCCCUCUUGGAUUAUCCUUUGCAUUGACCAGUUUUGUUUCCAUGGACAAAACCCUCGCCGCUGCUCUCCCAUUAAUAGCCAUGUCGCAAAGCUUUACGGUAUUCAUCAGCAUAUCAGUCCUUCUAACAGAGCUUAAAAUCCUAAACACCAAUGUCGGCCGUCUAGCAUUAUCAUCGGCGAUGUUUACCGAUGUUGUUAGUAUCCCUACGAUAACACUUAUAUUUGCAGUAUUGCAUGUUAAACAUAGUAAUAAGAGUAUGCUGACACUACUAUGGAUCCUUCUAUCCAUAGGUGCACUUGUGGUUGUUAUCAUCUAUGUAAUAAGGCCGACUAUAAUAUGGUAUGUAGGCCGGUUAAAUGGAAAUCCGAUCGACGAACUUUGCAUUGUCUGUAUCAUUUUGUGUGUUCUCUUCACUUCAUUUUGCAGUGAGUUCAUUGGACAGCACUAUGGUAUGGGGCCAAUAGUUUUAGGCUUGGUUGUUCCUGAAGGGCCGCCUUUAGGAUCGACUUUGAUUACGAAAAUGGAAACGGUUUUUGUUGCCUUUUUGUAUCCAUUAUACCUUGCUGUCAAUGGAUUGCAGACUGAUAUAUUCAAAAUCAGCUUUCAGGCUACUUGGAUUAUAACUGUGAUAGUGAUAGUUGGUUUUGUCGCAAAGAUCAUUGCUGUUAUUUUGCCAGGUUAUUAUUACAAUGUUCCCAUGAAAGAUUGUGUUCUGAUUGGGCUAGUUCUCAAUGGCAGAGGUAUAGCUGAGCUCUCCAUGUACAAUUUAAUGAAGAACGGCCAGCUACUAACAGGACAACUGUUCUCUUUGUUGGUGGUGACCCUUAUAGUGAUAAAUGGUAUCAUAGCACCACUGGUAAAAUUGACAUAUAAUUCUUCAGUCGAGUAUCAUUCAGCAAAAAGAAUUUCAAUUCAACAUAUAAAGCGAGAUUCCGAGCUCCGAAUCAUGGUAUGCUUUAACAAGAAUGAAAACAUCCCAACAAUGCUCAACAUCAUAGAAGCAUCGUGUGCAAGCAGAGAGAGCAAUGUUGAAGUUAUAGCACUUCUCCUUGUAGAGCUUCUUGGAAGGUCAAGGCCUCUUCUUGUCGCUCACCAACCACAUGACACGCUUCCGAUAACCAAUUGUGAUUCAACUCAACUGGACAACGCAUUGAAGCAAUAUGCACAGCUCAAUGAUGGGUGUGCACAUGUUCAAUCAUUCACAUCAAUCUCCGACUUCGACACAAUCCACGAGGACGUCUGUGGAAUAUCCUUCGACAGAAGAGCCAACAUUUUGAUCAUGCCAUUCCACAAAAGAUGGGAGAUAGAUGGAACGGUUGAGGUAAAAAAUAGAGGAAUCCAAACAAUAAACAUUAAAGUCCUCGAAAGAGCGCCUUGUUCAGUCGGAAUCCUCAUAGACCGAGCUAUCUUAAGCGGUUGUCCAUCGCUUUUAUUCGGCAAACCAACAUACUAUGUAGCAGUAAUCUUCAUUGGAGGUGCAGACGAUGCUGAAGCACUAGCCUAUGCUAGUAGAAUGGCUAGGCACGAGCGUGUGAAUGUAACAGUUAUUAGGUUCCUUGUUUUUGGAGAAGAGAAUUCAAAAGAUAGAAAAUAUGAGACCGAUCUUGUAGAUGAAUAUAGAAAUUAUAACAAUGGAAAUAGCAGGUUUGAGAUAAGUGAAGAAGUUGUGAGAGAUGGAAUAGAAUUUUUUUCUAGUGUAAGAAGAAUGGUAGAUUGUUUUGAUUUAGUUAUGGUAGGGAGGUCACAUCCACAAUCAGUUUUGUUACAUGGACAUGAGCAAUGGAAUGAGUGUCCCGAGUUAGGUGUGGUUGGUGAUAUGUUGGCUUCACAGGAUUUUGCGACAAAAGCAUCAGUGUUGGUUGUGCAACAACAAAGAAUGGGAGGGAAAUUCAUUAACCAACAUGUUAUGCCAAGUCAAAGAGAUCAGCUUGUACAUAACGUUCCAAUGAAUGAACCACCAAUACCUUCUUGUACCAUUUCAAUGGAUAAAUAG